CUCCAAUUUAGGUCGAUUCCAUUCGAACAUUCCUCCUCCAAGACUCCACAAGUCCAGAGGGAGAAAGUGUGAGAAGAAUGUGGCGGAAGGGGAACAAGCGGUUCGGCGGCGGCGGCGAGCCGGCGGCCAAGCGCCGUGCCGCCGGGGACGACGGGCCCUCCGAGAGCGCCGACGACGAUAUCGUCGUCGCCCAGAUAUCGAAGAACAGGAGGGUGGCGGUGCGGACCUGGAACGGCAAGGUCGUCGUCGACAUCCGCGAGUUCUACGAGAAGGACGGCAAGACCCUCCCCGGCCGCAAAGGUAUACAGCUCCCGAUGGAUCAGUGGAAGAUACUGAGGGACAAUAUCAAAGCUAUAGAUGAGGCCAUCAAGGAGAAUGCGUGAUCGGAGCCCAUUCUCUUGUGAUGCAAGUAGACUAAGCCUACGUCUGUCUUUUAUGACUCCGAGGAAUAUUGCACUUUUGGUAUGGUAAUCUUCAUUACCCUGUCUAGUAAUAUCAAGUAAUGUUUUAGUUUGGUCAUGCGCGGAAAAUGUGGCCUUGUCUGGUAUUGUGCCAAAGAAGCAGCUAUGUGCCUAAUGUGCUCUCCUCAUUUUGUACGUUGGGUAAGGAGGUCCAUCUGUUAAUGGUUGGUUGGUUUCUGCGUGUACUUAUGUUUUACUUUAAAUCUCUAAUGCCGCUUUGUAUUUGCUUG